AUGGAUAGCAUAAAAAAUUAUAUAAAACGACUGUCACGAAAUAGUUGGAAAAAGACACUGCAACAGUUAAGGCACAAAAGGUAUAACAAUAACUCACGAAUUGAAACGCAUUUUUACCUGGGAACAGAACAGGGUAACAACAUAGCUCAAUUUCAAACGCUGUGUUCUUCAGAUAUCAGUCGAAGCCUAUUAGAUACAUCGCAAAAAAGAAAUUAA